UGACGCAUUUUUCAAUAUGGCGGCGGCGAAACAAAAGUGAACUUUAUCGUGGAAGAAGCGCGGCUUUUAUUUUGUUUAACUUUAUACAAAAAGUGCUACAACUAUUGCGACGUACGAUUGUCGCAGGUGACAAAGUGAAAUACGGUUCGAUAAAGGUGUUUAAAGUCUGUCCGACAGGCGUUUGCGUGCGUGCGUUCACUGGUGUUUUCCUAUUGCGUUUGUUUACGAACGCGUCUGUUUGUAGAUGCACAUUCGCUACAAAAACGCAAAAUUAAGCAUGUAUAACAACUCGAAUGGUAACGUCGAGCAUGCCGACUCCAGUAAAGAGGACGCUGCACCAUCCGACAGGAAAAGCGUGGUGAAAACGGAUGAUAAAGCGCGGGAUGCCGACGGUAAGGAAGCCUCGGUUGAAGAAGCUGUGCAGGAGGAGGAAGAAGAAGAAGAGAUAGAGACAUUAGAACCCACACAAGGUGACGCCGAUGAGACCGAGGAAAUUAUCACAGAAACGCUGGAGAAGGAUGACGCGGAAGCUCUGGAAGACGCGGAAGCAGAGGAGGUGGACGGUGUGAAGGCGAAACAGAUGGAGCAAGAGGAAUCCGACGCGGAGGACGAUAAAAAGAUCACUAUCGAAAUCCUAAAGCCCGGCCACGAUGAAAAGGAGAUGGUGGCAAACGUUUCGCGCGAAGAGAAACCCUCGGUCGAGCUGGACAUGUGCCGGGUGUGUAUGGGGACGGAGGAGCUUUCGGACAUUUUCCAGCUCGAAGGGCCGGUGCGCGUCAGCGACAUCAUCAUGAAGGUGUGUACCAACAUUCGCAUUACGGCGCGCGAUCAUUUGCCGCACAAGAUUUGUGAACGGUGCCUGGGACAGGUGCGCAUCGUGAACGAGUUUAAGAACCGGUGUGAGGCAUCGGAUAAGGAGCUGCGAAAGAACUUGAAGCGAAGCGCCAACAAAAGCCGCCGGCAAAGUGAUUUCAUUGUGGUGAACUGUCCGAUGUCGGAUUCGGAUAAGGAGGACGAUGAGCCGGUGGAUGACGACGAGUACAAGGUGUCACAAUCGGAGGUGGAAUCGGAACCGGCCACUUCGGAUGACAGCUUCUCGCCACCCAACAAACGGAAACGCACGCCGAAGAGAAGGGGCCGCAUUCCGGGCUCGGGUCGUCGGGGUAGACCGGGCCGUAAGCCCAAGAACAUGGUCACCAGUACCCCGGCGCCCCUUGGGACGUUUACGCCGAAGCGCGGCCCGGGCAGGCCUCCGAAGUAUCCGAAAACUUCGAGCCUAUCGAACAUCGUGUACAUAGAGGCACCGGAGGACAGUUCCAGCUCGGGCGAGGAAGAAGAGAGCAAGCGCAAACGGCGGAAGCGUGGCGACAAUCCGUGUCCCAAGUGUGAUGAGGUCCUGCCCAGUCAGCUUGCUUUGAAACAGCACUUGAAAAUCCAUCCCGGCGAUCGGUUCGACUGUGACCGUUGCGCACUGUUCUUCCGGACGGAGCGGGCCCUUAAUAACCACAUCGAGCGGCACAAAAAGGCGGACCGGAUUCGAGAAGAGAAGCGCAAGGAACGCGAACAGCGCAUGGAGCAGCGUUCGCGACACACGCCAAAAUCUUCAGACGCGGACAAGUCGAAGCUGACGACUUCGCAAGGUUCGUCCACGGCGGAGCGGAAGAAGAAAUCGGAAACGUCCGGCGUCAGCAGUGGGAGGGAUCUGUUCAAGUGCGUAGCACCGCUGACGUCCACCUACUGGAGCGAUAGUUUCUCCGACUAAAUUGUCCGAACCGUUGAACCGCGCAUAAAUCAUCAAGUGGGAAGUAAACAAUUUCCCAGAAGGACAACGAGUGAGGAUCUUUACAUAGUCUUGUAUCAUUUCAUGGUGUCCAGCGUAGAAGAGUAUAAAUGAUUUAGUUCCGUUGAUUUUCGAUCAGGGAUUGCAAUAGCUAAACGAUUGCUAAACACAUCUAAUUCGUACUGCAAAAUGCAAUAGUAUAUGUUUGUUUUUUUUUUUAUUGUUUUCUGUUUCGUGUAGGAAUCAAAACAAUGUGUGUUUUGAUGUACCGUACCCCAAACGAUAAUGAAUUGUGCCGAUAGUAGUUGCAACUAGUUGAAUCAGAGAGCGUGAGGAUAGUUUGCGCUUCCUCUCAGAAGAGUGGACAAAGUCGAGAUUUAGUUUAUAAUUUUGUCAUAUUAAAAAAGUGUAUUUUUAUUCCCAUGUUUUACGCAAAGAGUGUAUAAAACUAGACGGUUUUAGGGGUGUAUCUUUAAGGCGAACAUCUAGUGAGGUAAGCAAUCAGAUCAAAUUGAGAAUAGUCGUGCAGAGGGAGGAAAGCGUUUGUACUUUAGGCUGAUAAGUGUGUAAUUAAAUUUGAAAAAGAAAACACAGAACAUAAAAAGCUACUAAAGUGUAAUUUUUUGCAUGGUAAAUCGUGAGAAGCACAUAACUUUUAGAAGAUAAGGCAAUGGACUAGGCAGACUAGAGUUGACGAUUUGCGAUACGAUUUUUUGUUCAAAUAUGUGUCAUCACAAAUUAUGAAUUCGAAAUUUUGUUGCAUACCGUUAAACACAUCACGGAAAAAAUGUUGUUUGUGUACAAAAGUACUUCGAUCGGAAUCGGAUUCGGAAGAAUAAGGAAAACACUGCAAUCAAUCAAAAUUAGGAAACAUAUUUGAUUUCAAAAACACACAUAACUGAUCACUAUGAACUAUUCACGUCAAACACUUAAGUUUAACUUCACUGCAAGUCAGAUGUGAGGAGUCUCGGCGGUAUGUUUCAUUCGAUAUGUACAAUAAAAAGCUUACAGAUCUAGA